AUGUCGGCCCCACUGGUCAAGGUGCUACACCGAUUGCAACAGAUGUUCCAUGACGUGGUCGCCGCACUCGAAAACAUGUUCCUAUUCCCCUCAUUCUUCCGCGGCCACUCGCGACGCCGCCCCAAGUCCUUCCAAAGCUCCCUUUCGAAACGCCGGAGCCUCGACGACUUCGCCGAAGAAGUGGAGACUUCGUGUUCAACGCCACUGUCCACGCGCAACAUGGCUGAUAUGUCCAAGAAGAUCCGCGCACAGUUCCGGGAAUGUCUACAGACUAGCCCCUGUUGCAUGCUUCCAUCCUAUGAUACCACGCUUCCCGCUGGCUCGGAAAAAGGCACUUAUCUGGCAUUGGACGUGGGCGGAUCGACAUUUCGCGUAGCUUUGAUUGAAUUGAAUGGCCGGGAUGAGGAGGUGCGCAUCUUGAAGGUGUCAUCUGUAUUCAUUGACGAAAAACUCAAGAUGCUGGAAGGGACACUGUUUUUCGAUUGGAUGGCAGGGCAGAUUGAAACCAUUCUAAAGGAAGUUGGAACAGACUAUGGGCGUGGCGAUGUACCUCUGGCGAUGGGGUUGUCCUGGUCUUUCCCCAUUGAACAGACGUCACACAGCAGCGGAUUGGUGAUACAUAUGGGUAAGGGGUUCAAGGCCUCUGAGGGCACGGUAGGCAAGGAGCUGGGUGGUCUCCUUAUCGAGUCAUGCCGCAAGCGCAAUUUGAACGUAGAGGUGGCUGCUAUCCUGAAUGACAGCUCGGCGGCUCUGCUCUCGCGUGCCUAUGUCGAUCCCAAGACCCGCAUGUCUCUCAUUCUGGGCACCGGUACCAACAUGGCAAUUCACUUCCCGGUUCAGGAGAUUGGAAAGUCCAAGUUCGGAGUCCGUCCGGAGGGUUGGUUCGACCACGCCAAGCACGUGCUCAUCAACACCGAGAUGAGUAUGUUUGGUGGAGGCGUGCUGCCUAUGACACGGUGGGAUGAUAUACUGAACCGCACCCAUCUGCGUCCCGACUACCAACCGCUCGAGUACAUGAUCACAGGUCGCUACUUGGGCGAGAUUGCGCGUCUGAUCAUCGUCGAGGCAACCGAGACCGCCCGCCUAUUCGGCGGCGAACUACCAGACUCCAUGCGCAAACCCUAUUCUUUCGACACAAGCAUCGUCGCCUGCCUUGAGGAGGACUCUUCCGCCUCCCUGUCCACCUCCGCCGCCCUCCUGCAAAAGCAUCAUACCUUCCACAACCCUCCCUCCGUCGGAGAUUUGCGGUUCCUGCGCCGCAUCUCUCAGGCAAUCUCCCGCCGUGCCGCUGGAUACCUGGCGACAGCCAUCCACAGCAUGUGGUGCCUCCGUAACGAGGUUGAAUUCCCCUCUCCUCCAUCUACCGCCACCUCCCUCGAUAAGGACUCUCCCGCAAUCACCGUCAUUGAGAGUGGAGACCUAGAUCGGAGUCUCUCCAUUGCUUGCGACGGUGCCGUCAUCAACAAGUAUCCUGGCUUCCGCGCUGCCUGCCAGAAAUAUCUGGAUCAGUUGACUGAGGAAACGUAUCCAGGCACCGGAGCCUCCAUCCGCCUCAACCCUGCGCCUGAAAGCGCCAUUCUCGGCGCGGCAGUCGCAGUGGCUGUCUCUGUUGCUGAAAAAUCCACUCAGCUGUAA